AUGUUUAUCUUUCAGCUUUCUCUUUUGGAUCAUUUGUCCACCCCACUCGGUGAGGAAGGAGAGGAAACUUUCUACACCACUUAUGAUGAAGUCAGUGAUAGCUUUGAUGCAAUGGAACUCAGCGAAAUUCCUCUUUACUUCAAGAAGGCGAUUGAUGAAGCUGAGAGUGAGUGGAGUCAGCACAAUGCGAAGAAGCUCAUAGACACAAGCGUCAAGGGUCUCGGGAACUCUAUUCCCAAGAAUUUCCCUUCCUUCCACGUUGAGUUUGGUCUAGACAAAGGGUUUUCUCACGUGAUUGAUGAUGAGCAACAGUUCAAUACCAAUCUUGGACUGAAUGUAAUCAGAGGAAUGCUAGAGUUGCCGGACGAAGACAUGUACAGAAGAAGAAGAAUGCAUGAGUCAUGGGAGAGCCAGAAAGAAGGCAGUUGUGAGCUUUGCACGAGAAUGGGAACACUUUGA